AGCCCAAAAGCAGCUGCGCGGGGACGCGGGGGACCUGGGCCGGCCCGCUGCUGCAGCUCGGGUGAGCGACCCGUGCCGGAUCUGGGGAAGGAACCUGGAACGCGGUUACUGGAAGGAAAAAUGGCCAGUCGUCCACCAGGUUUCUUCAUAGAAGAACUUAAUAAAUACCGCCAGAAGCAUGGAGUAGUACUUAAGUAUCAAGAACUGCCUGCAGACGGACCUGCACAUUCCUUAAGGUUUACAUUUCAAGUUAUAAUAGAUGAAAGAGAAUUCCCAAAAGCCGAAGGUAGAUCGAAGCAGGAAGCAAAGAACGCUGCAGCUGAAUUAGCUGUUGAUAUACUCAACAAAGAAAACAAGGAAGUUGGUUCUUUGUCACUGACAACAGAUACUUCUGAAGGAUCGACACUUGGGAAUUACAUAGGCCUCGUCAAUAGGAUUGCACAGAAAGAAAAUCUAUCGGUAUCCUUUGAACAGUGUGCACCCAGGAGUCCGGGGGCCCAAAGAUUUAAUUAUAAAUGCAAAAUUGGAGAGAAAGAAUAUGGUGUUGGUUCAGGACCUACGAAACAAGAUGCAAAGCAAUUGGCUGCUAAACUUACGUAUCUUCAGAAGAAAUGUGAAGAAAGCAUAGUGAGAACUGACUCAGGAUCCUCUGGUUGUUUUACUGCUGCAUCCGCUAACUCCUCAAGCAUGCCUUCAACAAGGAUAUUUGAUUCUAAAUCAUCAUGUGAAAGUGACUUGUCAGCAAGUGCAUCACAAAGCUGUCAUUACAGUUACAGUGAAAACGGUUCUUCUGCAUCAUCUUCUAUGAAUGGUCUCAGAAACAAUCAAAAGAAGUCAAAAAUAAGUUUGGCACCUAGAUUUGAUCCUCCUGUUGUAGAAGGAAAUGAGUAUACUGUGAACAGCAGGUUUGUCAAGGAUUUUGAAGAAAUAGAACCAAUUGGUGAAGGUGGAUUUGGCCAAGUUUUCAAAGCAAAACACAGAAUUGAUGGAAAGACUUACGUUAUUAAACGCGUCAAAUAUAAUAAUCUGAAAGCAGAACGUGAAGUACGCGCAUUGGCAAAACUUGAGCAUGUCAAUAUCGUUCAUUACCAUGUUUGUUGGGACGGUUUUGAUUAUGAUCCCAAUGAAAGCAUGAGUAGUAGUUCCAGAUCAACAACUAGGUGCCUUUUCAUCCAAAUGGAAUUCUGUGAUCAGGGGACAUUGGAGCAGUGGAUUGAGGAGAGAAGAUGUGGCAAAUCAGAUAAAGCAUUGGCUUUGGAAUUAUUUGAACAAAUAACAACAGGCGUGGAGUAUAUACAUUCGAAAGGCUUAAUUCAUAGAGACCUUAAACCAAGUAACAUAUUUUUAGUAAAUGCAAAACAAAUAAAGAUUGGUGACUUUGGACUUGUUACAUCCCUGAAAAAUGAUGAAAAGCGAACAACUAAUAAGGGAACAAGGCGAUACAUGAGUCCAGAACAGAUUUCGUUAGAAGAAUAUGGAAAAGAAGUGGAUAUCUUUGCUUUGGGGCUAAUUCUUGCUGAACUUCUCCACAUAUGUUCCACUUUUUCAGAAACAGUGAAGAUUUUUGAUGAUCUAAGGAAAGGCAUCUUCCCUGAUGUGUUUGACAGCAAAGAAAAAAGUCUUCUACAGAAAUUACUUUCAAAGGAGCCCAAGGAACGGCCUGAUACGUCUGCAAUACUGAAGACUUUGGCUGAGUGGAAGAACACCUCAGAGAAAAGGGAAAGAAACACAUGUUAGGCCCUUCUGAAAUUGUCCUGCAUGUGAAAUGUGAUUUUCCUUUGAUUAUCUGAAAUCUGCCAAGAGAGAUUGACAGUUACUUAUCUUUUUGGGGGCAACACUGGGGUUUGAACUUUGGGCUUCACACUUUCUAGGCAGGCAUUCUUACCACUUGAGCCACUGUACCAGCCCUCUUUUGUGCUGGGUUUCUUGGAGGUAGGGUGUUGAGAACUAUUUUCUGGGGCUGACUUCAACCCGCAAUCCACCUGGUUUCUGCCCCCUGAAUAGCUAGGAUUAUAGGUGUGAGCCACAGGCAAA